AUGUAUUGUUUACAACAUCUACAACAAAUAUAUACUUUAAUUGUACAAGCAUAUUUAUCACCAGAUCGAACAAGUGCAAAUGUACUCUUGGCACAAAUAUCCAUUGCGGACGACAUGAUCAAUGAAGCCAUGAUUCCAAUACAGAUGAGAUUGUUUGAAGUCAAAGUCGAACCAACUCGAUUCUUUCAAUGGAUAAAAAAUCCAAAAGGAGAAUGGUCAAUCAAUCGAACAUUGGAAGAGCAAGUUCAUUUUGUUCGUGCACUAAUGCUUCAUAUUUCUUCAAUGAAAUUAAUGGUAAAACAAGCACCAUUUAACGAUUAUCAUGCAUAUUGCAGGCAAGAUAUUGAAUCAUCUCUAAGUCAAUUGAAUUCGAGCCAAUCGAUUGUCAUUUCACAUCUAACUUCAGCUGCAAACAAUUCAGAAGACGAUUUUGAUGUGUCUCUAAAUAAUUUUCAAUCGUCGAUUCAAUGGUUUCGCUGGACAUAUCAACGAACACGUAUUCGUCGAAUUGAAGAUGCACUUCAAUCGGGAAUACCAAUUCAUUCUGAUAAUCAAGCUUCACACGGAUUUUUUGUUUUUCAAUUGAAUGCUAUUGCACAAUUGCUGUUAGAUAUAAUAAGAACAACGAAGAAGAAAAAACCUAUAAAAGAGAAGAAAAAACGGCGAUCUUGCAAAGAAUAUUUCAAAAUGGAUUGGUCACGAUUGUUGAAUGCUAUUAAAAUUACAUUGAUUAUCGGAAUUUCUUCUAUUUUUGUUAUGGUUCCUGUUCUAGCCAAAACUUUCGAAAAUGGACAAUUUAUUCUAGUUACCGUAUGCAUGACUAUAGGCGAUACAGUCGGUGGAACGUUUACAACGAUGAGAAUAAGAUUAAUUGGAGUUGUAUUAGGUUCUAUGUGGGCCUAUAUUGUUUCUGUAACGGCACUCAACAAUGUUGUUCAAAUAUUUGGAAUGCUAGCACCAUGGAUUUUUGGUUGUGGUUUUUUGAAAUUAGUUCCUGAAUGGGGUCCUACAGUUUUGGUAUCCAUCACGACACCAAUGAUGAUUGUUCUGGGUCGUUUGCCAUACUACACUGGAGCACCGGUCGAUGCUUCUGCAGUAUUUCGCAUAGAACAAAUUGCUGUAGCACUUGGAUUAGGUGUUGUUCUCACAAUAAUAAUUUUUCCUCAGUUUGCCAUUGAUUUACUCAAAGAAAAUAUCCAAACAACACUUCAAACAUGUCGACAAUGUGUUGAAUCUAUGGAUAAUUCAUUUCAACAAGUGUUUCGUCAGAAUGAUAAAAAUGAAAGUUCGACUAAUAGUGACGAACAAAUCGACAUUGAAAUCAAACCAUUUUUCGAUAGUUAUCAAAAUGAAUUUCAUCGGUUGAUGAAUACUCAACAAAUUCUACUCGGCUAUGCAUCAUUAGAACCUACGUUCUGGUGGUUCAAAAAUGAUUGUCCAACAGCUCGUUAUACAUUACUUGCUCAACAGCAAAGUGAUAUGUUUCGACUAUUGCAAAAUAUUGAUAAAGCGCUAUUGUGCAUUAAUGAAUGUUCGGUUGAAGAUAGAAUACGCAUUGGACAUCUCCAAGAGCAGACAAUAGGCAAUCGAUUUUUUUCUAAUCUUCGUAAACCACUAGCUGAUUUGACUCGACAAUUGAACAAUUGUCUGAAUUUGUGGUCAUCCUAUUUUACUUUGACACAAACACGAUGUCAUCGAGCGAUUUAUAAAUGUAAUUGUUCAUCUUUAACAAACUUCAAUGAAAGUGAUCUAACCAAACAUGAAACAUAUUUUGUUCAACUAAUUCAAGCUAUUGAUUACUUCAAAGAACAGCAUCAACAAUCACUCAAUCGCAUGUUAGAAUAUUUUAAUGGUAAAAUCAAUGACGGUGAUUCACUGACAAUGCUCGAUCCACAUAUUAAUAAUCAUCAAAUUGAUUCAAUUUUGACUGCUGCAACGUCAAUGUUCUAUUCACAAUGGCAAUUGAUUCAUGCUACUCUAGAUCUCGGUACAACGAUUUAUACGAUUUUACAACUUGAAACAACAGAUCUAUAUCAAGCAUUUUAA